AUGGUAAAAUAUAACGUUACGAUACAGUACUCUAACAAGUUAAAACACUCAAGUAACGGUGAUAUGGAAGAUGAAGCACCAUUGUCCGGGCAAAACAUAGAAACUAUGUCAAUGGGUAAUAAUACAGUACAACUCGGAUCUUCGUCGACGGUUGACCAACUACCCUUUGAUGAUUUGCAAACACCGUCAAAGUCAUUCAACGAUUCAUUAGCAAGCACUGUACCCAGUAUAUCAAAUAGUCUAUUCUUUAAAGAGACAGCGCAUUCAAACUCGCUUAUAAAAUGGACAACAUUGAAUCAAAUCUAUUCCCUGGUAAGCGCAUAUGGUGGACCUACUUGCAUACUCCCUACAAAAUCAUAUUUUGUCUUGGGGACGUCUAAGGGUGCUCUUUUAAUAUUCAAUUUUAAAGAAUUUCUACAGACAAUAUUACUUCCACAAAUAUCGGAUAAGGAAACUUUGCUGCGAUCAGCAGUGAAGACAAUAGCUGUUGCUACGGAUGGUACUUAUUUAGCUGCCGCAUAUCAAUCUGGUGAUGUAUUUAUUUGGAAUUUGAAUUUGAAAACUACAAAUGAGGAUAUCCCAUUCUUUGAAAAUAGAAACGAGCCUCUUUCAUCAGUGAAUUCUUUGGAUGCUAUCUUACAUAUAACUUAUCAUAAAGAUUCUGACAUUAAUGGAAUGGGAUUCUUGCAUAAUCGUCAUACAGCUUUAAUUGUAAGUGACUCCUCUAGUAGAAUUACGUUCCAUAAUGGGUUUAGGAACAGUUUUUGGAAUCUCACUUACAGUUCAAAGGAUAUCUUAAGUCUUUCUCCAAAUGAAAAAUUAUUUUGUUCAAUGAUGGCAUUGCCACCUAGAGAUUCUAAUUUUAAGUCUGGGAACUUAUUGGCUAUAUUGACAAAUAUUAAUUUUGUGAUUCUUUCCACAAGUCCGCAUCCAGAGAUCCUAUUUCAAGAAAAUCUUCAUGAUGCAAAAUCCAAUACAACAGAAGGGCCCAUUUAUAAUUCCUCCAUUGCAUGGUCUACUGAUAGAUCACAAAUUGCCUACUGCAUAAACAAAACUGUAUUCUUGUUUGGUUUGUCUAAUCAAGUAACGCCAUUGGAGUUUGUGAUAACAAGAAGAACAUCGACCUUUACUGAAUCUAUCCUUUCUCUUCAAUGGCUAAAUCCAAGAUUAUUAGGAAUCUUGACUAUAUCCCACCAAUUCCUUAUAGUUGACACUAAAACCCAAUUCGAAAUUAUAUUAAAAAUUGAUUUAUUAGUACAUGAUCUUCUGAUACCACCAGAUAAACAUUUUGCCUUUAAUAAUAACAGGAUUUUUCUACUUACGCUUUAUGGCUUUAAGAUUGGCUCCUUUGUAACUUGGUCUGAUAUUACAUUAUCUAAUGUACAAAAAGGUGAUUAUAUGAAAGCGCUCAGUUAUAUCGAAUUGUUUUUAAGACCCAAUUUUGCGAUCCCAACUUUAUUGAGACUCGAACCAGAUCAGAAGGAGAAGGAAACACAACUGUUGGAACCAUUCUACAAUCUAGCAUUGGCCACUCAAAGAUUCUUGUUGAAGAAACGGGACGCUAAUUAUGAUAAUAUUUUUAAAUUAGUCUCGUUGGUGGUGCGUGUCUUGGAUUCUUUCCAUCUCAAGGACACCACCUCUACACUAAAAAUAUCAUUAAACUCAUUCUUAGAACAGGCGCUUGAGUUUUUCGACUCAAAUACAAUUGGAUUAUAUUAUGAGGUAUUAUCAAAUCUUAUUAUUGAAGGUUAUAUUAGAUCUGUAUCUGCUCCUAUCUUCAAGAAUUUGAUUAGUUAUUUCUCCAGUAUCAAACGUUUCUCUACAAUCCAAGAACUAAUUAUUAUUCUAGACUCAAAGACGUUAGAUAUUGAUCUCGCUGUCAAAUUGUGUAAAGAAUUUCAUCUUUCCACCAUCCUCAUCUAUUUGUGGAAUAAAGUCUUUCUCGAUUAUAUUUCUCCCCUGGUUGAUUAUUUGCAUUUAUUGGCAGGGGACAGUAAUCAAUGCAUGCUUUUCGACUAUACUACGAAAAAGAUAGAAUAUGAAAAUAUUUUCACAUAUCUAUCUUUUAUUCUAUUAGGGAAACAAUAUCCUGAAAAUAUACCUAUUAUGCCGCAAGAAUUACAAGACAAAAUUAAAAUGGAUAUAUAUGGUGUCCUACUCAAUGGUACUUUAAUAGAGUGGCCGAAGGGCUCCGGAGAGAAAGUCCAUACAGUAAAAAAUUCACAAGAUGAGCCAGCAUUCCCCUAUUUGCAUUUAUUGUUGAAUUAUGACAUAAAAAGUUUAUUAUCCUUAUUUAAUAAAGUAUUUGAGGAUUCUUUAUUUAAUAUCUCCAGUGAAUUUGAACAAGAUAGUAAUGGUAGGAUCAUCAGGUUAGAUAGACAAUAUAUCAUAGAUUUACUUCUUGAUAUUUUGAAAGAUUUGAGUGAUGACCGAAAAAAAUCCCAACUGGCAGUAUUUGUAGCCCUGAAUGUAGCAAAAUUUCCUCAAUUCAUUUCCUUGUCAAAUAACUUGCUAGAAGAAGUCAUAUCUAAUAUUCUUCUUUGCCAUGAUAAUAGUUCAAGUGAAAUGUCUCAGAUAGCUAUAGAAGCGGUUAUUCCUAUCUAUGCUCCAAAAGACCCAGAACUGUUUAUAUUGGAGAUGAAAGAAAGGAACUUCAAUGGGGUACUUUUCAGUUUUUACAGACAUUCCAAAAGGUAUUUUGAGUGGGCAACAUUAUCACUGGAUUCAGAAAGUACAAUAGAGACGUAUGGCACGCCAUUGAUUGACGUAUUGAAACUGAUUAUAGCCAAGACUAACCCUAAUUCCUUGGAACAUUCAAAACUGGUUGAAUUGUUUACGACAAAGAUGGAACUGAUUUUAUCCACUCUAGGUACGACAGCAAGUGUCAAGCUUUUCCAUCAACUUGAUAGCUCUCUUCAUAAGAAAGUAUUAUUAAUACCGAGCCUCCGUUUACAACAAAAAUACUUAGAAGAUUUAUUUUCGUUUUACCCCGCUUAUGGAACCACUGAUUCAAUUAUUAAAGAGAAAUAUAUUGAACUUUCUUGCACACUUAAAGAUAAUCAAGACUUAAUACCCUGGAUUGAGAGUUUCGAUUUAACAAAUAUUGAUGUUGGAAAAAUGAAUGUACUUUUGUCAAGUUCAGAUAAUUAUGAAGCUCUUGCUGUUCUCCAUUUCAAGCUCAGAGAUUAUUCCAAAACUGUUGAUGAUCUUCUAAAAUGCAUAAAUUCAGAAUUCCUAGGGAAGAAAAGUUCGCAACAGGUUGUACAACGACAUCUGGAAUAUGCAAUUCACACAUGUGUUCUUUCUGGUGAUGAAGAAGCGGCAAAUUGGACAAAACUAAUAACUUCAUUAAUAGUAAUAUAUGAGAAUGCAAAUAUUGCUGAUCAUGAGAAAGAAAUAUGUAAUAUUUUACUUCAAGAGGUUUUCAUUCGUUUAUCAGCAACUAAACAAUCAAGCGCAGCUGCAGGAUCAAAUUUCUUCUGGAUGAUUUUAGGGAAAGUUUUAGAGGAUCCAAAUGUCAUUUUACUGAAAACGCAACACUUGAAAAAGCUACUGGGGGAUAUUUUUUCAGCAUAUGAUAUCGAGAAAUGUAUGGCUGAUCUUAUUCUUAAUAUUUUAGAAAAGGCAUCAUUAUCGGUGGUUCACGCAUAUAGUGACCUACUGAAAGAAGGUUGGUCUAUUAGAAAUGAUGAGUGUGAUGUAUGUGGUAAAAAAAUAUGGGGUGUAGAAAUAAGUGAUUUAACUUCAGUGUUUUGGGAGGAACUGAGAAGGAAGGAAACCAUAUAUACAAUUGGAGCUGAAAAUUACAGAAUCGCUGUAUUUAAAUGUCACCAUGGCUACCAUACAAAAUGCCUUGAAAAUAUGGGGCAAUCGAAUACUACUUAUAAAUGCCUGAUGUGUCAGAGACUAGAUGUUUAG